GGCUUGGAGUGCAGGACGCCUCUCGCCUCCUUCGCAACAAUCUGCCUCCGGAGUCUUUUUCUUCGCCUCUCCGCCUCGCUAUGGAACAACUACUCGGAGUCGGUCGUCUCGCUCUGACUUCGACUUUCCGCCUCUGAAAUGCACGAGCGUCUGGAUCCGCGCUCGGCCGAGAGUGGACGCCUUUUUGCGGCCAGAAUACAAGAAGGGAGCGUCGUGUGAGGAAGGGAGGGAGAGAGAGCGAGAGAGAGAGAGAGAGGAAGGUUUGACGCCGUUUCCUCCUCGCCUCCGCCUCCUCCUCCUUCUUCCUUUCGCCCCCUUCUCCUCCUCUUUUUUCUCUUUUUUUUUUGUGGCGGAGGCAGGAAUAAACGCUUUUUGGGCUCUUUUGCCUCGCUUCUGUUCAAUGUGACUGCGCCAGCACACCGGCUCACGUUGUGCUCAAGAGUUGGAUCGAUUGACUUUGAGUGUGAAGGAAGAGCAACAGAAAAGAAAAGUCAGUUUUUUUUUUUUUUUUUUUUUUAAAGGGGGAGUUAGCCGGGACUGUUGCUACUUUUUGUAAUUGAAAGAGAAGAGGUGCUUUUUUCCCCUUUCUUUCUUUUCUUCUCAGCCGCGGGGGUGUGGAGUAUUAAUUUUUAUAUGCCUGGGUUUUGAAAAACAAUGGAGACGCACAUUUCGUGCCUCUUCCCGGAAAUUUUGGCCAUGAUUUUCAGCUAUCUGGACGUGAGGGACAAAGGCAGGGUGGCCCAAGUGUGCCUGGCUUGGAGGGACGCAUCCUACCACAAGUCAGUGUGGAGGGGUGUGGAGGCCAAGCUGCACCUCCGGCGGGCCAAUCCCUCGCUCUUCCCCAGCCUCCAGGCCAGGGGCAUCCGGAGGGUCCAGAUCCUGUCCUUGCGCCGCAGCCUGAGCUACGUGAUCCAGGGGAUGCCCAACAUCGAGUCCCUCAACCUCUCGGGCUGCUACAACCUCACAGACAACGGGCUGGGCCACGCGUUCGUGCAGGAGAUCCCGUCGCUGAGGGUGUUGAACCUGAGUCUGUGCAAGCAGAUCACCGACUCCAGCCUCGGCCGGAUCGCCCAGUACCUGAAGAACCUGGAGGUUCUGGAGCUGGGCGGCUGCAGCAACAUCACCAACACGGGACUGCUGCUCAUCGCGUGGGGCCUCCACCGCCUCAAGAGUCUCAACCUGAGGUCCUGCCGUCACGUUUCGGACGUGGGCAUCGGGCACUUGGCCGGCAUGACCCGCAGCGCCGCCGAGGGCUGCCUGAGCCUCGAGUACCUGACCCUCCAGGACUGCCAGAAACUGACGGACCUGUCCCUCAAGCACAUCUCCAAGGGGCUCACCAAGCUGCGGGUGCUCAACCUGAGCUUCUGCGGCGGCAUCUCGGACGCCGGUAUGAUCCACCUCUCGCACAUGACCUCCCUGUGGAGCCUCAACCUGCGCUCCUGCGACAACAUCAGCGACACGGGCGCCAUGCACCUGGCCAUGGGCACCCUGCGCCUCUCGGGCUUGGACGUGUCCUUCUGCGACAAGAUCGGCGACCAGACGCUGGCGUACAUCGCCCAGGGGCUGUACCAGCUCAAGUCGCUGUCGCUGUGCUCGUGCCACAUCUCGGACGACGGCAUCAACCGCAUGGUGCGGCAGAUGCACGAGCUGCGGACGCUCAACAUCGGCCAGUGCGUGCGCAUCACCGACAAGGGACUGGAGCUCAUUGCCGACCACCUGACCCAGCUGGCGGGCAUCGACCUGUAUGGAUGUACCAAGAUCACCAAGAGGGGGCUGGAGAGGAUCACGCAGCUGCCCUGCCUUAAAGUGCUCAACCUGGGACUCUGGCAGAUGACAGAGAGUGAGAAAGUCAGGUGAUUGGAGUUGGAGGACAGAGUGGUCAUUUGGGAGUGGGGGUGGGGGGGCUUCACCUGCACCCCCCCCCCCCCCCCCCCUACACACGCACACACACACACACACACACACACUGUCAGCAAAAGUUCACAAAUCCAUAAUAUUGAGUUUUAAUAUUGCAGAUGCAAUUUCAUACAUCGCCCCAAACUGCGCCAUUAAGCCCCCCCCCUACCCACCACCCCCACCACCCCAGUCCCGCCACAGUCUGAAGAAAAAAAACAUUCGGCUACCUCGUAUGUGCUUUUCCAAAAAGAAAGAAGGAAAGCCAGAAAAUGGGAGAAAAUGUGCCUCGAGGGACCGUGUGUGUGUGUGUGUGUGUGUGCGCGCGUGUGUGUGUGUGUCGCCCCCUCCCCCAUCGUCCCCUCCACGAGCAGAAAAAAAUCCAACUACCUUUUUGUUUAUUUCCCCUCGCAACUAUUUCACCACCGACGAUUGAUUUUCAAUCCUAUGAUCAUCCAACUGAUGCAUUAUGCAAACGCACUUGAUGUGUGCGAUUUGUUCCCCCCCCCCCCCCCCCCGCCCUCAAAUCAAAACAUGGCGAAAGUUGCCAAAACAUGAAGCUUCAAGUAUUUCGGUCAAAAGGUGGAGGCGCGGGGGACAAAUGUCAGUCAAUGUUGCUUCAAAUUGAAGUGAUUUAGAUAUUGUUUUACCCUAUUUUCUCGAUUGAAAUGAAUCAGGGUUCCAUGUUCUUUUUUUGUGUGUGUGUAAGGAGGGAUGUUCUCUCUCUCUCUCUCUCUCUCUCUCUCUCUCUCUCUCUCUCUCCUCAUUCUCUCCAUCCCUCCCCCGGAUAAAAAUACCCCGAGCCCAUUCGGAGACAUGCUUGGAAUAAGGAGCAAUCGAUUAUUUUUCUUGCUCUCUCCACUUCUCGAGUUGCAAGCUCGGGCCACAUCUCUCUCUCUCUCUCUCUCUGUCGCACUCGUAAUGUGUGUGCGUUUGUGCGUCUGUGUGUGUGUGUGCAUUUCUUUUGAUGUAAUGCAAUGACCUGCUCGAUACAUGAACAUGCGGAUGUGCGUCCUGCUGAAACAGCUGAAGAAGAAGAAGAGAGGAAAAAAAGAUGUACUGUAUAUUAUGUUUGUAAAGAUGUUAAAAAAAAAGAGAACAUGCAGAAUCCCAAACUUAAAAUUGUUUUAUAUUCUUACAAGUAAAAACAAUUAAAGAUAUUUAUAUA